AUGUUGCGUUCUUCUUUGGGGACAGGCAAAAGCCGAGUGCCUGUGUUGCGGCAGCCUACCUAUGGACGCUGGCUAAGGUCCAACAAUCAUGCACUUCGGUGGAAUCAGUUUCGGAGAGCUGCAUCGACAGUAACUAACCUCGAGAGCUACCCUAAUGUGGGAGAGCAACUCCAUGGGUUCACUGUUCAAGAGAAAAAACACGUUCCAGAGCUACACCUCACUGCGGUCCGGUUAAAGCAUGACAAAACAGAUGCGGAUUACCUCCAUGUAGCAAGGGAAGACAAGAAUAAUGUGUUUGGAGUGGGAUUCAAGACCAAUCCUCCCGAUGCGACAGGCGUUCCUCAUAUUUUGGAACAUACUACGCUAUGCGGUAGCGAAAAAUAUCCUGUCCGUGAUCCCUUCUUUAAGAUGCUCCCCCGGUCUCUUUCGAAUUUUAUGAAUGCUUUCACCUCCGCCGACCAUACUACUUACCCAUUUGCAACAACGAAUCAGCAAGACUUCCAAAACCUUCUAUCUGUCUAUCUGGAUGCUACACUUCACCCGCUGCUCAAGGAAGAAGAUUUCAGACAGGAAGGAUGGCGACUGGGGCCGGAAGAUCCCCGCGCUGGUGACGCUCGGGACGGAAAGCCGGAAGAUGUCUUGUUCAAAGGCGUCGUGUAUAACGAAAUGAAGGGCCAAAUUUCAGACGCAAAUUAUCUUUACUAUAUUAAGUAUCGGGAGAGCAUUUUCCCAGCGCUUAACAACUCUGGAGGAGAUCCCCAGUACAUCACUGACUUGACACACAAGCAAUUGGUCGAAUUUUCACAGCGAAACUAUCACCCAAGUAACGCCAAAUUCUUGACCUACGGUGAUAUGCCUCUCAGUGCUCAUUUGAAGCAGAUUGGUGAUGUAUUGGAUGGUUUUGGCAAGGGAGAGGCGGACACCUCCGUCAAGCUCCCCAUUGACCUUAGCCGCGGUCCUUUGAACGUAACUGUUCCAGGGCCUAUUGAUACAUUCGCCGACGCCGACAAACAAUAUAAGACUUCAACUUCUUGGUAUCUUGGAGAUACAAGCGAGGUUGUUGAAACGUUCUCGGCCGGCAUCCUGUCCUCCUUGCUGCUAGAUGGCUAUGGCUCUCCGAUGUACCGGGCAUUGAUCGAGAGCGGCUUGGGCUCGUCAUUCACUCCUAAUACAGGUCUUGAUACCUCUGGAAAAGUGCCUGUAUUCUCUGUCGGCCUCACUGGCGUCGGCGAGGAGGAUGCUCCAAAAGUCAAAGAAGCUAUUCAGAGGGUCUAUCAGGACAGUCUUUCUACUGGGUUCAGUGACGAGAAAGUUCAAGGCUUCCUCCACCAGCUAGAGCUCGCACUGAGACACAAAACAGCAAACUUCGGUAUUGGUGUCAUGGAGAAGACCAUUUCCUCAUGGUUCAACGGUGUAAACCCAAUGAAGGAGCUCGCCUGGAAUGAUGUCAUCAACGAGUUCAAGAAGAGAUAUCAACAAGGAGGUUAUCUUGAAUCAUUGAUGCAGAAGUACCUGAUGAACGAUCGUUGCCUGACAUUUACCAUGGUUGGUACGCCUACAUUUCAUCAAGAAUUAGACCAGCAGGAAAUGGUUCGGAAGGAACAGAAGCUCAGUCAACUUGUUGAGCAACAUGGAUCUAUGGAGAAAGCUAUCUCUACUCUUCGAGAGCAGGAGCUGCAGUUGCUCAAGACGCAAGAGGAGGCACAACAUGCUGACCUUGGAUGCUUACCUUCCCUGCGUGUUGAGGACAUUUCGCGAGAGAAAGAGCACAAGCCGGUGCGGGAGUCGAAGGUCGACGACAUCGAUGUUGUCUGGCGUGAGGCCCCAACCAAUGGCCUGACGUAUUUCCAAGCAUUGAAUGCUUUCGACGACCUUCCGGAUGACCUUCGACUGCUCAUGCCCUUGUUCAACGACUGCAUCAUGCGUUUGGGCACUGCGAAUAAGACUAUGGAACAGUGGGAAGACCUGAUCAAGUUGAAGACCGGUGGGGUUUCAUCAUCCGCAUUCCACACUUCGUCUCCAGUUGAACUCGGCAAGUUUGAUGAGGGGCUUCAGUUCUCUGGUUUCGCUCUGGAUAAGAAUAUUCCCGACAUGUUAGAAAUCCUGACUACUCUUAUAACGGAGACGGACUUUACUAGUGCCUAUGCGCCAGCUAUGAUCCAGGAAUUAUUGCGACUGACUACAAAUGGCGCGCUGGAUAGUGUUGCUGCAUCAGGUCAUCGCUUUGCCCUCAAUGCUGCUGCUGCAGGUCUUUCUCGCAGCUUUUGGGUACAGGAGCAGCAGUCCGGUCUGGCACAGCUACAAGCUACUGCUAAUCUCCUGCGCGAUGCGGAGACUUCCCCCGAACGGCUGGCAGAAUUGAUUGAAAAACUUCGUUUGAUCCAAUCUUUCGCCAUCUCCAAAUCAUCUAGUUUCCGUGUUCGCAUGGUGUGUGAGCCAAGUAGCGCACAUCAAAACGAAGUCGUUCUGCAGAAAUGGCUGGCUGGCUUGCCACAGAUCCGCUCACCUACAUCUGGGAAUGCCGGGUCAAUGCAGCAAGUUUCUAGUAAAGCAUUUUACGAAAUGCCUUACAAGGUUUACUACUCAGGGCUGGCUAUGCAAACAGUUCCGUUCGUUCACAAAUCCAGCGCACCACUUAGUGUGCUCUCUCAACUCCUUACGCAUAACUAUCUUCACCCGGAGAUUCGGGAGAAGGGAGGUGCCUAUGGUGCAGCAGCCAGCAACGGUCCGGUCAAGGGUAUUUUUGCCUUGACCAGUUAUCGGGACCCGAACCCCCUCAAUACUCUAAAGGUAUUCCAGAACAGCGGCAUCUUCGCCCGUGACCGUUCCUGGUCUGAGCGGGAAUUAAAUGAGGCCAAAUUGGGUAUUUUCCAAGGCCUGGACGCCCCAAUGAGUGUUGAUGAGGAAGGAUCCAGAUAUUUCAUGAGCGGCGUAACGCAUGAAAUGGAUCAGCGCUGGAGAGAGCAGCUCCUCGAUGUCACUGCGAGGGAUGUUAAUGAGGUUGCACAGAAUUUCUUGGUGGACGGCCCUCGGCAAUCGGUAUGCCUGUUGGGUGAGAAAAAGGACUGGGCAGAGGGUUGGGAUGUGCGGAAGCUUUCCAUGAACGCUGGUGAAGUUGAAGCAAUUCCCGAGGACGCCUCUACUGCCGCCUAG